AUGUAUUAUCAACCUCACAUCUCUCUUCCUUCUCACUGUCACUGGUUGUCUCUUCUGUUGUUUCUUCGGCUUCCGAACAUCUCAGACCAAAUGGCGGGAAAGGGCGGAAAGGGGCUUUUGGCAGGAAAAACUACAGCAGCAGCAGCAGCAGCGGCGGCGGCGGCAAGCAAAGAGAAGGAUAAGAAGAGGCCAGUUUCUCGGUCAUCUCGAGCCGGUCUUCAGUUUCCAGUAGGACGAAUUCAUCGUCAACUCAAAUCAAGGACUUCUGCAAAUGGGCGAGUUGGAGCCACAGCUGCUGUUUACUCAGCUGCAAUUCUUGAAUAUCUGACUGCUGAGGUGCUUGAGUUGGCUGGAAAUGCUAGCAAAGAUCUGAAAGUGAAGAGAAUCACCCCAAGGCAUCUGCAGCUGGCUAUUCGUGGUGAUGAAGAGCUUGACACACUCAUUAAAGGAACCAUUGCUGGAGGUGGUGUCAUCCCUCAUAUUCAUAAGUCUCUCAUCAACAAAACCACCAAGGAAUGAGCUCCUUUCUGAUAUCUAAUUGAUGUUUAACUGAUGAACAACGUGUUCACUUAUUGACAGUAUUCUUAUUCUAAUCCUGUAGGAUGUUUUAAUGUCUUGUUCCGGUCUCUUAGCAGAUCCUAGGUUAGUAAAUCUGCCUGGGUUAUCUUUUGGGAGUGUCUUUUAGGAAGUGAAGGCUAUGUUUUGGGAGAACGUUCAAUACCAGGACAUCUUUACAUUUGGUUUCUUUCACAUGUUUGUCUGGCACCUGAAUGGGUUUUUUGCAUGUUUUCCAUCUUAUGACAUGCGACAAAUUGUUAAUGUUGUGUUAGUACUGGAAUGUGGUUUGGUUUCUUUAUUCAGGAUUAACUGUGUGAUGUAUGUGUGCAUGAG